AUGGGGAUUGCCGAUUGUAGAGAUCAUGGUGUGAAAUACGGUCACUUUCUUAUAUUUUCUCUCAAUUGUUUUACUAGCAGAGUGAAAAUUGAAGCAAUUUUGAGACUAUGUGCUUUGUUAACACUUUUAAUGGCUGCCAUAAUUAUGAUUACAGACGUCCAAACCAGGUUAUACUUUGGUGUGUACAAAAUGAAAGUCAGCUAUAAAUUGGCGGUUAUUUUAAAAAUCACAUUCGAUGCUGAUUUAAUUUUCUUUCUUAUCGUUGUCAAGGUGGUAGCGUACGUUGUUUUUGCUAUAAUGUGUGCCUCGACCCAAAUAGCAUUCCUCGCAUUAUUUGGCUCCCAUGAUCUCGAAUGGAUGAAACUAUGCAGCAAAUAUGUAAGGUUUUGCGUUCAAAUUGGUGGUUCCAUAGCUUGUGGUGGUGUGGCAUCCAUCUUACUGGCUGUAAUUUCGGGCAUUUCAACCUUCAAUUUGUUUAGAUGGUAUUCUCCAAACUUCUUGUGCUUAAAGCCCAAGAAGAUUGGUAUAGCAGCGCCUACUACUCGCUAGCUACAUACAUGAAUUAUGUUUUUGGUAUAAAGACAUAAUUCAAUGUACAAUAAUUUAUGUAUACCUACAAUAUAUAAAUACAUAUGUUGUAUACGAAGUAUCGGUUUAGAUAAUAUAAGUACUAAUAGUUUUUAGACAUGACAAUUUUCUUACACAAAAAAAGUGUACAUAGAGUUAAUAUUGUACUACGUUACUACUACCUUUGUACCUUGUGUUCGGACCGGAAGGAAUGGGGUGGUUGGUUACUUACAGUAUUUAUUACUAAGGGUGUAAAAGAUUUUAUUCUUAGCUUGUUUAUCAUAUUGCUAAAACUUAAAAUCUCGAUAAUCUUAUUCUCCUUU